UUGUUUUCGUUUAUGUUUUGUGUUUUAUUUUUUUGCAAUAAAACUAACCGACUUCUUAUUUUAUUUUGUGGAACUUAUUAACUGUUAUGAAUUUGUGUUGUGGCAUAUCUGUGAUAUUGUCUUGAUAUAAAGUUGCCAAACUGUGCCUGCAAGUUGUGAUUGUUUUCAUUUUGUGAAGUUCUUAUUUAAUAUAAAUCAUUGUUUGAAUAAAAGAACAAGUUUUGUGACAGAAAUUUGCCGUUCUGAUAUGUGCGGGUCAUUUCCUGGGCUGUGAUUGGUCGGUUUGGGUACGCGAUGACGUGAUCUCGCCUCUGAUUGGCGGAGAUUUCCCGCGUUAAGAUGUCGGGUCUGCCGACAAGGAGCGAUGAUCUUAUCAAUGGUGUCGACGUACGGGAACAAGGAAGUGCUUUAAGAGUGGCGAGCAACACCCCCCACUUGGUCAGUCUGGGCACCGGCCGCCUCAGUACUGCUGUCACACUGCAUCCCAUCAAACAAGGUCGUGUGACAAUCGGCUCGGAUCCAACAUGCGACAUAUACGUGGUAGGCACCGGUGUUGCCAGCGUGCACUGCCGCGUCGAGAACUCGCACGGUGUUGUCACACUCUAUCCUCUUAGUGGAAGUACACUGUUAGAUGGCUUACCAGUGGAAAAGCCCACUAGAUUGUCUCAAGGUAGUAUGUUAACAAUCGGCCGGUCUAACUAUCUCCGUUUCAAUCAUCCUGAGGAAGCCAAGCUGAUGAAGUCAGUUUUACCAUCAGGUCACGUCUCCAUGGCACCCAUACAGUUCCAGCCUAACGAGCAGUGUCUACCUCCGGGUUAUAUCAAUCAUCAUACAGAACCAUCACAAUGUUACCAAACAAACAUACAAAAGAUCUAUAAAGAUACAACAUUAUCACAAUUAGAUCAAGAACUUGAUAUGACACUAAAAGAAAUGUCCAGAAAAAAACCACCUCUAGUCCCAAAAAAACCAUUCAGAGACCUAGACCAAUCGGACUCUAAUUCAGAUCAAGAAACGAGACCUAAAAUGUCAGGUAUAAUGGCGAAAGUAUCUAAAUUCGAAUAUUAUGCUAAACAACAAAAAUGUGUGGGUAGAAGUCAAUUUUAUACGUCAAAUGAUAAUGAAAUAUCACCGAAAGUAUUUAGUUCCAACUCUUUAACAGUAAAUACACCAGCCAAAGAUGUAUUAGGAGGUAAAAAUGUUCCCAAUUAUAUGACGAAAUUCAAACACGAACAGAAAAUGAUCGUGUUAAGUGAGAACAAUCUAGAAACGAAGAAUUCUUACUCCAACAUAGCUGUUAGAAAUAAAACUAAAAUUGAGGAUAUCGUAAGAAAUUUCGAUGACACUAAUAAACUACCUAAAAAGAUAAACAAUGAAAUGAGAUCGGAAAAUGUCUAUGGUCGUAUAAAUAAAGAUUGCGAAUCUAAAAGUAAUUUGGAUUGUAAGAACAAUCUGGAAGGGGAGGAAUGUUCUAGAAGGGAUCAGAAAGGGAUUGUGACGUCAUCGUAUGACAGGAGUCCACAAUAUAUGCCUGUUUAUAGCAACUGUCAAUAUGACAGAAGUGCAGAUGCCGAAAAUAUGAGAAUAAAGGCUUACCAGGAUAGAAUCAAAGAAGAAGAACAGAAGGAGGCAGAAACUGCUCGAUUGGAGGAAAUACUCAAUAUGUGUGCGGAAUAUGAACGACAAAUAGCCACAGGCAACCCUAUUACUCCUACCGAAAAGAGGUCACACAAUAAAAUUAUCACAAACGGGUCUCUACCGCGUAGUGUUGCCCUCAACAACCCCAAUUUUAUACAGACCAGUGACGGAUACUACAAAUUCGAUACUAGCAAUAGAAAUACAUCAAUGAAUAACUCAUUACCUCACCAAAGGAAUCUAUCUAGUUAUGAAAAUUUUGAUGACACACAAUCACCAUCAAAACUAGAUCAAAUGACACCAGAAGUGACUAUCGGAGAUAAUAUCGGUCGUAUGGACGAAAUAGGAAUACCAAUAUUCGAUGAUGAAUUCACAGAAGUAUCUAGUCCUAUAUUAAUAAGGAAAAACGGUGAAACAUCAUCACCUAUUAAUAGUCCAUACGAAAAUUUAUAUUUCAAAAAUAACUACACAAAUUUCAAACCGAAAUCACCAAACACCCAAAGUCCUAGAACAAGAAUAAAAACAAGCUUCGCACAUAAGAAUCUCUCUCCGCAAUAUUUUGUAUUUCCAACAGAAACAAAUUUCAAUCCAGAUAAACUAAAUCCUAAUAACCAAGAUAUAGAAAAGACUAAAUGUAGUGGAAUAGAAAAACAGCUAAGUCUAGAAGACGAAAUACCAAUGAUCGAUGAUUCAGAUUUGGCUAACGAUCUAGAAUUCAGAUAUUCAAAAGUAUACAAUGAUAAAAUAGAAAAUAAUACAAUUGAUACUAAAGAAAAUAUUCCAAGUCCAGUAGAAUUUGAUAUAGAACAGACAAUUAUUAAAAAUAAAAGCUUUGAUGAUGUUAAGAAAGAAUUAAUGGCUGAUAUUCCUGAAUUAGAAGAAUUCGAAAAUGAUCUUAAAGAUAAUAAAAAACGGGAUAAAAUAAUUAAAAAUAUAACAGAGGAUGUUAGGAAAAUGGAUUUGGAAGCAAGUUCAAUAGACAGUGCUGUUUUAGAUGAAAAUAUAGAUGAUUUGAAAUCAAAAUAUGAUACUUUGAAAGAAAAAAGAAAAAAAUUGGUUGCAGAUAUUCAUGAAUUGAAAUGUAAAAUGUCGGAAAUAAGGUCACAGGAAGAUGAUAUUUUACGUGAGUUGGAAAUGGAGAAAGCUUUAAUCAAAGGUGAAUACGACUCUGAGAUAGCAAUAUUAAAUAUAGAACAGAAGAAGAAAGCGGAAUUAACAGAGAACGCAAAGAAGAUAGAAGAAGAGAUUAAAGAAUUGAAAGAGAAACAAGAAAUACGACAGAAUGAAAUAAGAGAAAGAGUAGAAAUUGCAACUAAGAAAGUUGAAAGAAUAGAAAAAGAUUUAAAAGAGAAUGCAGCUACAUUAGAAGAAUUACAAAAUGCCCAAGACAUUUUGGAUAACGAGACGAAAAUAUUUGAAGAUUUGGAAUUUCAACAUUUAGAAGAGGAAUCAGAAUUAUUAGCAAAUAGAGAAGAUUUACAAAAUGAAAUCAUCAUUUUAACAAAGAAAAUAGACGCUCAAAAAAGUAGAAUACUAACUCUAAAGACUGAAGCCAACAAUAAUUUAACUUCAGCUUUAGACGAAACUAAAGUAUUACAGGCUAGGUAUGUAGAAUUACUAAAUCAAGUGGAGGAACUAACGGGCAAAGUACAAAAUAUAGAGACAGAAUUAAAACCAAUAGUAAAUAAACUAAACGAUAUAGAAAGAACUCAAUCACCAGACAGUGCAUUUUAUACUGACCAAACUAGAGCUAAAUCAGGAGAAUUUGGUUAUUCGCCUCAAACUUCUGACAGCGAUGAUAUAGACAUUAAGAUAACAAGCUUCGAAGAUCAUACGAAAAAAAUAAAAGAUAAAUUCAAUUCAAUAGAUCAGAUGUCACAAUCUAUGAUUGUUGAUAUUGAAAGACGAGAUGUAACAGAAGUUAACGAAAUUCGCUUAAGCGAAAGUCCAUCUAAGUCUUCUACUUCUUCUAAAGAGAAGAAAGGAUUUUGGGAGAGGAAUUUCGAUUCUUUAAAGCGGAAAAGCAAAGAUAAGAAAAAACCAGAAAAGAACGAUCUCAUGUCGCAGAGUUUUAACGAAAAUAUUUUCUAUAAUAGUGAAAAUAUAGAAAUAGAUUUAGACAAAUUUAAUAGUUUGAGACAUUCGAAAAAGAAUAAAAAAGAUAAUGGACCAUUAAAAAGUAAUUCAUCAUCAAAAAUACCAACAUUCGCGGCUCUAGGAAAGAUAAUGAAAAAAGAUUCGUUCAAUAAAAAGAUACAAAAUAAAAUAGACGAAGCUAAUGAAAAUAAAAAUCGUUAUAUUAAAAACGUUAAACCGACAACUGAAAAUAAAUACAAAUCUAAAUCAUUAUCACCAGAUAAAGUGACAAAUGAGAAAGAUAAUCUAGAUAAUAAAAAUGAAUUAGCAAAAUCAAUGACAGUAACUUUUGAAAGAACCGAUUUCAAUGAUUCAGUAACUAAAGUUGUACAUAGAAAAAGUUGUGGUGAUGAACCGAAUAGGAGUUUGGAAUUCAAUAAGAUGACAGAAUCUGGUAAGAUUCCGUCACAAGAUGACAUAGAUAGGAUAUCAAAGGUGACAAUGGAUGCUCCUAUAUUAUCAAGUGACACAGAUAUGAAUUCCUUGGGGAAGAGAACUUUGGACAGUCUAAUGGAAAUAGAAAGGAAACGAAUUGAGAUGUUGGAAGAACAAGGAUGCCAAAUGAUAGAGAACGAAAGAGAGAAGAUAUCAGAACUAAAGAGAAGAGCUCAGGACGAAACCAAAAAGCUAUGGGACCAGAAGAACAGGUCGGGACAGACCAAGUCAUUCGACGGUGACGUCGAGAACGAUCGUAGCCGUGACGUCACAGAUAGACACGUAACUGAUGACGUCAGAACUAACAGACACGUCACUGAUGACGUCAGAACUGACAGAUACGUCACCGAUGACGUCAGAUAUGGAGUGGACGAUGCCGGCGUGACAGAUGACGCUUUUAAUCUAACCAGCUCGACUAUAUUUGAAGAGAGUUCCGGAUUCCUGUCGUCGUCUAUUGAAGAGCUUCAAGUUCGCAACUCACGCACGGAGUCCACUGAGGAUGAUAAGCGUAGUGACGACAGCCGGCCGCUCAGCCAUGCUUCCGAUUUUAGCAGGGAUAAUAUACUAUCGCUCAGUAACGCCCCGCGGCGCAGUCGGCGCGGUGUGUCUGCGCAGGAGUGGCAGCGGCCGCUCACACGCUACUUACCUGUUGACAGAGAUGACUUUGAUCUGCGCAGACAUGUCGAGUCCGCUGGUCACCAGAUCGAGCUGUGCCCUUACUUGACGAUCAAUUCGACGUCAUGUCGCGGCUACUUGCACAAGCUGGGGGCCAAGUUCCACACUUGGUCCAAAAGGUGGUUCGUUUUCGACCGCGAGACGAAAACGUUCGUCUACUACUGGGACAAGACAGAGAAGAAGCCGAGAGGUGGUGCAUAUUUCCAGGUAAUCGAAGAAGUAUACCUAGACCACGGCAACACUUCUAAGUCACCAAACCCUCAGACCACAUUCAUAGUGAAAACCAGACAGAGACAAUAUUAUCUGAUGGCACCUUCAGGAGAAGCUGCCAGGAUAUGGAUUGAUGUGAUAUUCACCGGGGCACAGGGGUACACUGAAUACUUAGAGUGAAUAUUCAAUAUUUAUUGAGUAUUGGAAAGUUCAACUCAAUAUUUGAGUUAACAAAUAUUGAUUGUGACUCAAUAUUUAUUUUAUAUUGAGCGAAUUAUU